AUGCAAGCCCUUCCUGGUUCCUCCACACGAGCCUCGUCCCGGACGCGGGCAGACAAGCUUCCAGUAUAUCGACCCCUAGGCCGCAACAUCGGCGUGGUAUUCGAGAACAUAUCUGCCUACGGACACAGUGAAGGAUCUCGCCAUGCACCUGAUCUUGGUCAAAUGGCCAUGGCUGCAGUGAGGGCGCCCAUACGACUCGCAACUCGUGUGUUUGGAGGCAAGGGCGAGGCCUCCAAAAGGAUCAUCGAGGACGUUUCGGGGGUUGUAUUCCCUGGCGAAACUUUGCUUGUUUUGGGUCAACCGGGCUCUGGCUGCUCGACGACGCUCAAGAUCAUCGCCAACGAGCGUUCGACGUACCCAGUUGUAACGGGUAAAGUCACAUACGGCUCCAUGCCAUCUGAAGCAUUGACCGGAAAAUAUGCAUCGGAGGUAGUGUACAACCCGGAAGACGACAACCAUUACCCCAAGCUGAAGGUCAAACACACCGUGGACUUCGCACUUCGACUAAGAAAGCCGGUACAGUGCAAAGACGACGAUUCUGCCGCAUUUUCGGAGACUAUGACGGACUGUCUGCUCGGUUCCCUUGGGAUGAGGCACACCAAGGAUACUAUUGUGGGAAACUCCUUUGUCCGCGGUGUCUCUGGGGGCGAAAGAAAACGAGUCUCGUUGGCCGAAGUCCUCACCAUUAACCCAGCAGUGGCUAGUUGGGACAACCCAAUUAGAGGUUUAGACAGCUCUUCAGCACUUCAGUUUCUGUCAUUGUUGAAAAAGAUGUCAGACGAAACUGGAAUGGCAAACAUUGUCACUUUGUACCAGGCAUCCGAGUCCAUGUACCAACAGUGCUUCGAGAGAGUGCUCGUCAUGUACGAAGGGCGAAUGAUCUUCUCUGGCAAGGCGUCAGAUGCACGAGAAUACUUCAUCGGCCUUGGCUUCGACACAUGGGAUAGGCAAACAACACCUGACUUCCUCACCUGCGUGACAUCUCCAUCAGAAAGGGCUGUCAGAAGAGACUAUCUUGGCUCGGUCCCGAAGACCCCAGAUGAAUUUGCCGCUGCGUUUAAGCAAAGUGUGCACUACCAAACUCUUUUGUCAGACAUUGAAGGGUAUCAUCAGAGCUUUGCUUCCGAUUCUCAGCGCGUACUGAAUUUCACCAAGGAAGUAGAACGUGUGAGGUCAACGAUGUUUGCACCAUUUGUAGAGCCAUCGUCAAUCUCUACACAGGCCUGGGCGGCAACAUGUCGAUACUAUCGUCUGCUCUGGGGACAUCGACUGGAUUUCUAUCUGGUACUGUUCCUUAACGCGGCGAAUGCUGUUAUCAAUGGAUCAGCAUAUUUCAUGGCCCCCAAGACUGCCACCGGCUCAUUCGAGAAGGGUGGUGCCAUCUUCUUCUCUCUGAUUUACUUCUUCCUAAACGCUCUAGCCGAGGUUUCGUCCACUAUCGAUGCGCGAUCAAUCCUCGUCAAACAGCAUAAACUCGGAAUGAUACAUCCCGUUUCCUUUGUGCUUGCCCAGACCAUGGCGGAUAUACCUGUGGCGGUGGUCCAAUCUCUGGUGUUUGCUUGUUGCUAUUACUUCAUGCUUGGCCUGCACAAGACGGCCUCAGACUUCUGGAUAUUCCUCCUGAUCUUAUUUACUCAUUAUUCGGCCGUUUCCAGCCUGUUUCGAAUGCUGGGAGCCUGGGCACCAAAUCUCAACAUUGCUCUGCUCAUGGCAGGAAGUGCGAUGCCAAUUUGUCUCACGUAUGCUGGUUACGGUCCCCCAGUUCCCACGAUGCAUCGAUGGGGGUCCUGGAUCCGCCGAAUUUCCCCAUCUCCAUACGCACUCGAGGCUCUUAUGAGUAAUGAGUUUUCGGACAUCACAUUAACAUGCACCCCCGAUCAAAUGGUACCGAAUGGCCCGGGCUACGAUGAUAUGCGGUAUCAAGGGUGUACGCUCCCAGGUAGCGUAAAAGGAUUCAACGAAGUGCCAGGAUCAACGUACCUCUCAAUUAUUUAUGACUACUCAAGGUCAAAUCUUUGGAGAAAUUUCGGCAUUCUCUUGGUCAUGUGGUUUCUCUAUGUCGUUGGCACUGCUAUUGGUCUCACCGUCAUGACCGGUGAGUCUGGCAGCAACGGCGGGCCCGUUUUCAAGAGUGGCGCCAAGAUUGAACAACACCAUACAAGGGAGACGAAGCCUACAGAUGUCGAGCACAAUGCUGCGUCGGCAGUCCGGUAUUUGGAGCCCGUGUCGUCCAACACAUCCAUUACCCGUGUCGCUGUGACUGAUGAAGUCACGGCAGUCACAGACGAAUCCAAAGAGCUGUCAUCUAAACACGAUACAUUCACAUUCCGAAACGUUUCCUACUUUGUUCAAGUUGAUGGCAAAGAGAAGCAGCUCCUACACAACGUGAACGGUUACGCGAAGCCAGGCCAACUUACCGCCUUGAUGGGUGCCUCUGGUGCCGGUAAAACAACACUGCUGGACACAAUCUCACAGCGUAAAGAUGUAGGCAGAAUCGAAGGUGAAAUGCUCAUGGGCGGGAAACCUCUCGGCCAGUCAUUCUCUAGGUCUUGUGGGUUUUGCAUGCAGCAAGAUAUCCAUGAACCGACUGCCACAAUCAGGGAAGCCUUGGAGUUUUCUGCAAAGCUCCGGCAGCCACACCAGGUACCGGUUUCCGAUAAGCUUGCCUACGUGGAUGAGAUCAUCUCUCUUCUAGAGUUGGAUCCAAUUGCGGACGCCUUGAUCGGAGAGCCUGGAGAUGGAGGCCUGAAUAUUGAAGAAAGGAAGCGAGUCACUAUUGGUGUUGAGCUUGCGGCGAGACCUUCCGCACUCCUAUUCCUUGAUGAGCCGACAUCAGGACUUGAUAGCCAAGCCGCCUUCUCUAUUAUAUCGUUCCUGCAAAAGAUAGCCAGGCAAGGCGUGCCUGUCGUUUGCACUAUCCACCAACCAUCUGCCGUUCUUUUCCAAAUGUUCGACCACGUCUUAUUGCUUGCACCAGGAGGAAAGACGGUGUUUUUCGGCGAAACCGGACCAUUCUCCAAGAAUGUAAUUGAUUAUUUCGAAGCCAACAAUGCAGUCAUGGGGCCUUCGGAAAACCCUGCCGAGUUCAUCAUCUCUACGGUCACAGACUCAUCUCCCCGUGCCCCGGACUGGGCUCGUAUCUGGGACGAGUCUAAGCAGUGUGAAGCGCUGCGAAGGGAUAUUCAAAUAAUCAACGAGAACCCGAUAAACAGCACAUUUCAGGCGCACGAGUCUAGCACAUCGGCUUACGCGCUCCCCCUCUGGGCACAGGUCGUCGAGCUGACACGUCGACACUGGAUCGCAGUCUGGCGUUCCGGCCCCUACAACUUCAGCAAACUAUUCAAGGCCAUAUUUUGUGAGCUCUUCAUUGCAUUCACUUACUUCAAAGCAGGGCCUGAUCUGCAAGGCAUACAAAAUUACAUGCUAGCUCUGUUGAUUAUUGUAUGGAUUAUCCCGGCUAGCGCUGCGGACAUCCAGAACAUUUGGUUUGGGAAGUGGGCUAUAUUUGAAGCCCGGGAGAGAAACGGAAUAUACAACUAUAAAGCCCUUCUCGCAGCACUGACAAUAGUCGAGAUACCCUGGCAAAUCAUAUGCUAUACGGCCGUCUUUCUAUGUACCUAUUGGACGGUCGGCUUCCCAAACGUGACUAACACAGCAGGCUAUGUAUACUUCAUGUAUCUAGUUCUCAGUCUAUUCGCCACGAGCUUCUGCCAUUUGAUGGCAGCCAUCUUCCCCAACCCUACAAUCUCGGGAUACGCAAACUCGUUGUUCUGGGUGGCUCUCACGGUAUUUUCAGGAACUCUAGUUCCCCACCGCGCCAUGAAUUCGUUCUACCGUCCCUGGAUCUUCUGGGUUGACCCCCUUCGCUAUUUCCUAGGAGGAACUGUUUCCAACGUCCUCGACGGCGUCAAGGUGGAAUGCAACCAAAACGAUUUAACGUUUUUCGACCCCCCCGCGAACCAGACAUGCUUUGAAUACGCGGAGAGUUUUCUAUCCACGAGCACGGGCUAUCUGAUCAACCAUGACGCGGUAGAUUCGUGUGGAUUCUGCAAAUACACCAAGGGUCAGCAUUACACAGACACCAUGGAUUACUUUAGUCAUGAUCGAUGGAGGGAUUGGGCGGUGCUACUGGGUUUUUCCUUCUUCAAUGUAGCUGGUAUCUGGUUCUUCACCUGGCUUUAUCGGGUGAAGCUCAGAAGAUAA